AUGUGGGCGGAGUCAAGUGGGAUGUUAACUUUAAUCUUUAAGUGGGAUGUUAAUCAAAAAAUUUCCAUGAAUAUCCAUGUGAAUACGCUGGUGGUGACGGAAACAGAGAGGUCAGAGCCGCAGCUAAUAAGAUUUUCAUCGAAUAGAAGAAGUAUUGGCAUGUCACAACACCAAAUUAUAAAUUAUGCAUCUGUCUUCGGAGUCGUCUUCAUCAUCGUCACCAUAGUCGGCCUCAUCAUUCUCAUCAACAACAGACACAACACGCCAUACGACAACAUGAGCAAUUUAACGCACAAAAACAAACGGACACUCAAACAUAACAAACAGAAAGAAAAAAAGAGUGCCGACGGUGAAAAAAAGUUGAAUGCAUGA